GUAAUUGCAUCUUACUGUUAAUUAUGGUCAUAGUUUUAAUUGUGGUAUUUCUAUGCCGGAAUAAAAGAUAUGGUGCAGCUGACAAACCACCGCUUUGUCAAUUAUCAAAUCAUUGGUCAUGCAAGGGUAUUCAACAUAACCCAUCCACAAGUCUAGUUAGAUGUUCGAACUCAAAGAAGUACAGUCGGUCAAUUGCUUUGUCUGAUUUUUGCUAUGAUUACAACCAGAUGAGUGCUCAUACUCACUUUGGAUAUUCACAGGAAUAUGAAUCCAUACAGAAAAUUGGUAAGAAGAUAAGUUCGAGUGUUGCUGUACAACCUGAAAAUGUUGUUAAGAACCGUUACUCGAACAUUUUACCUUAUGAUCGUACAAGAGUAAAACUUACUUAUAUACAGGGAGAAGCAGGAUCGGACUAUAUAAAUGCAAACUACAUCCCCGGUUUCAAGUCACCAAGAGAAUUUAUCUCGUGUCAGGGCCCGCUACCCGGGACUAUUGCCGACAUGUGGAGGAUGGUGUGGGAAUUAAAUAUAACUAAUGUUGUUAUGGUAACAAAACUUGUGGAACGUGGAAAGGUACGAUGUGAGCAAUACUGGCCAGAGGAUCACAAGCCGGUUUUUUUUGGUGAUGUCAUUGUAACUAUGACAACGAAGACAGAAACAGAAAAGAACUGGCAUGUUAGAGAAUUUAUGAUUCAAUAUAGUGCUAAAACACGAAAAGUGAAGCACUUCCAUUUCUUAGACUGGCCUGACCAUGGUGUACCAGAAACAAGCUCGCCAUUAGUAAAUUUUGUUAAGACAGUGCGACUUCACAUUUUAAAUGAGAAUACUCCAACAUUAGUCCAUUGUAGUGCUGGUGUUGGACGAACAGGAACAUUCAUAUGUCUUGAUCGCUUACUUCAACAUAUUGAAAAAUAUGAUCACGUUGACAUUAUGGGGAUUGUAUGCGAGAUGCGUCUUCAUCGUGCGUAUAUGGUGCAGACAGAGGUGAUUUUUUGUUUAAUAUAUUUGCCAGAAACAUUGGUUUUCUAUGAGUCUAUAUUUACAAGACUACCAAUAUGAAAAGGCCUUGCCAUGUCAAAACCAGCAAUAGUGACCAAAACAAGAAAAUCGACAUUUUACACCCAAUUAUUCUAUCAUCAUAUUCAUAAUAUUUAGGACGGGUGACUGUCCAUGUAGAAUGGAAUAUGCAAGGGUUAUAUAAUCUUAGUACAGAUAAUGCUGUCCUGUAUAUUAUAUAUACAACCAAAUUACAACAGUUACGUAUCAAGUUACGUAUACAAGUAUGUAGGCCUACAGUAUAUCAUGUUUUCAUUCUAGCGUAUUUCCUCUUUUUUCUUUUUUUAAUCUAAAUGUUCAUACUCGCAGUAUUUGCUCCACGUUCCAUACGGUCGUGUUGAUUGCACAAAACGGGGCAUUUUUCAGCAGUUACCCAAUGAAUUUAAUAGUCUGCUUGUUACUUGUGAUUUUGAUCUUUUUUAUGAUAGUUUAAAUGUUUUUAAAAGUAAAAUUGUUAAAUCUUUGUAAGUGUUUUUUUUUUAACUUUUCACAUUAUUGUUUACAUAUAUUUUAUUACGUUUUGAUUCAACCUGUUAGUGGCGGUUUUUAUCGCUGUUGAAUAACUGAAUAAAUUUUUUUUUUUUAAAUUGUAGAAUUAUACAGCCCUAUGCCUACUUAAGACUAGGCUAAACGAAGACCUGAGGGGCCUACGAUGGCUCGUACCCAUAAUUUUGACUGGCUCGUACCCAUAGUCGGCUAGUAAUUAUCGAGGCUUCAGUACUCAACUAGGUCUCUCUUAUUAGCCAAAUAUUCUAGUCAAUAACCAGUUCAAAAUAGCGCACCCCGCAUGUUGUUGUUGUAUUAUAUAUUUCUUUCAAAUUACUUAAUUUUAUUAUUUGUGCAUCUAUAGAAUACUUUUUACAUAUUUUAUUAUUUUUCAAUUUUUAUUUUAAUUGGCACGGCAGAUUGUGAGAUAUACAUCCGGAAAAUAUAAAAAUCUGCAUCUUACUUCUCCAAUCCACCCACCAAACGAGGCGUGCAAGCCCAUCAGUUGGGCUUACAGCCUUCCAGACUGCUUGCUGUCCGCCGGCCAAAAUUUGACACAUGGUAGGUCCGCUCGAGUCGGUGUGUGGCCGAUCUGCUUGAUUCAGCCUGACCUAGCUAGAUGACCCAGUCGAACGAUCCGCUCGAGUUGGUUCUGUCAGUUGCGACCAAAAACUAUAUAAAUAAAGUUCAAAAAUCUAAAUCUUACCUCUGAAGACCGAGGUACAUGUAAUAUUGUCAAUGUGUGAAAGUUUGAGGUUAAUCGGCCCAGUAGCCUUUGAGUUAUGCUUCCGGAAGGA